CUUCUUCUUGAGGUUUAUGUAACUAUUGUGUUCUAUUGCGUAAUCCCGAUACGAGUUUGCUCUCAUACUACUAAUGUUAAUGACGUGAAAGCGCUGAAAACUACUUUGUUAAGAGUUAAUAGUAAUUAUUAACGACCGAAAAUGUGCAGAAACGUUGCGUGAAAAGUACUAUUAGCCUUUAAUUCACUUCAGCUUAAAAGCAGAGCGAAGACUUAUCUAAUCUUAAGCAGGGAGCCCUUGAACAUGACAGUGUGCUUAGCAGAACGAGGAUUUUGAAACUAUUCUGCAAUAUUACCCUACAACGGGAGUGGAAGCUCUUUUUCCGCAGUUAGCCCUAAUAUUGCCCGCAGUAGGAUAUUGAGUUUAUGAAGAUGGGAAUGGCUCUGUCUGCGUAGAACAUUAUUCAGUUGACCUACUAGCAUUAUUUAUCUUCCUUGUUAAUUACCAAUACAAUUUCUGAACAAUGCAAAAAGUGACCUCUAAUUUGCUAUCUGUCUAUGAAAGACCUGUCCACAGACUACUAUCACAUCUUGCUUUUGUACCAAAGUAUGACCCUUGCAAUACUUUGGAAGUGAAUAAGUUGCAAGAAUUCAUUGAUGAUACAAAAAAUCUAUUUGUAUUAACUGGUGCGGGUAUAUCAACUGAAAGUGGUAUACCAGACUAUCGUUCAGAAGGUGUUGGACUAUAUGCAACAAGCUCCAAAAGGCCUGUUCAGUUCAAGGUAUUUAUGGAAUCUGCAUCUGCUCGGCAGAGUUACUGGGCUAGAAACUAUGUUGGGUGGCCUCGCUUUUCAUCUUUCUAUCCAAAUGUAGCACAUACAACACUUGCUGAAUGGGAGAAAAGUGGGAAGAUAAAAUGUUUGGUAACACAAAAUGUGGACAGAUUGCAUCACAAGGCUGGGAGCACCAAAGUUUAUGAGUUGCAUGGAACAGCAUUUAAUGUUGUUUGUAUGUCCUGUUCCAAAAUGGUAACUCGCCACAGCUUCCAGAAUCAUAUUAGAAAAUUAAAUCCUCAUCUGUCCAUUCAGUCUGAUGAUAUUCGACCUGAUGGUGAUGUUGAAUUAGCAAAGGAAGACGUUGAAAAGUUUACAGUACCAUCCUGCGGCCAGUGUGGUGGGAUUAUGAAGCCGUAUAUUGUCUUUUUUGGUGAUAAUGUUCCCGCAGAACGUGUCAAAAGCAUACGAGAGGAGUUGGCAACUUGUGAUGGUCUCCUGGUACUAGGAUCAUCUCUCAAUGUAUAUUCAGGUUAUAGAUUUAUCCUACAAGCAAUCGAAGCUGGCAUAAAAUGUUGUGCUGUAAAUAUAGGCACCACUCGAGCAGACAAACAUCUAGCAUUUCGGAUAAGUGGUCGGUGUGGUGAAAUUCUGCCAAAAAUAGUCGUUUAAGAAAUUAAUUUAUACUUGAAGAAAUUCGUUAUGUUCUUCUGUGAUAAACUAUUAAUAAAUGGGAUGGUGCAAUUAUCAA